CUCUGAUGGCGUGUGUUGCUGUUUUCUCCAACGCAAAGCUGAGAAAAUUGCGUUUCCGCGCUCAGUGCCACCCCCACAACCACAACGCAAAAUCACCACAUACUACCGUAGCAACGCGUUUAAUUAAGGCCAAUCAUCCUCCACGUCAAACGACAGCCCAACAAACCAAGCAGCAAAAAAGCCGCGAGCUCGAUCGCUUCUGCCCUGGACGAUGACCCUUGGAUUACAAGUACCAGCACCCCCUUCCCGCUCUGCGCCCACCCAGCGGUUUUGUGGUCUUCCCUGGUCUCUCUCUACUCGCCCAUCUCUCUCACACACACUCUCUCUCGCUCUCUCUCGUUCCCUUCUUUGUAUGCACCGGUCACUACUGCGGCUACGCUACGACUGCGCUUCGCCAGCUUCCUUUCUUGUUGCAAAACGGCCAGCCUGGAGCAGCCCGUCCAAACCUGCACCGCAUUUAUUCGAGCGCCACCAGGCUUUGCCCGUUUCUAAGCUGCAGCCAGCCUUUUUCCCUUUCCUCUUGUUGCUUUGCCACCCCUCUGCGCCGCUAACCUUCUGCCCAGUUCGGUCUCUCCGCUAUGGCCAAGCGCCAACCAGUUGAUCGUCCCUUCGUGAACAAACUUCCGAAGAUUGAGCUUCACGCGCAUCUUAGCGGGAGCAUCAGCCGAAAAUGCCUGCAUGACAUUUGGCUGGCCAAAAAGGAAGCCCAGCCGGAGCUUGACCUCCCAGAUCCGUUGGUCGCCAUUCCGCCCUCCAAGGUUGACUAUGAUCUAAAAACAUUUUUUCCGCUAUUCAACACGUACAUUUAUAGACUCGUCAGUGACAUUCCUAGCAUCCAUGAGAGCACUCUUCGCGUACUUGCAGACUUCGAAGAAGAUGGCGUGGUCUACCUAGAGCUCCGCACAACACCGCGCGAGAUUCCAGAAUACACAAUAUCAAGACGUCGCUACGUCGAGACCGUGCUCUCCGCGAUUGAGGAGUAUGAACGCAACAAGGAUAACCGCAUGCGUACUCGACUCAUUCUUUCGAUCGACCGUAGAAAUUCUCUGGCCCAGGCCAAAGAAACUGUCGAUAUAGCCCUUGAAUUUCAAUCGCGAGGCGUGGUUGGUAUCGAUUUGUGUGGCGAUCCUUCAGUCACAUCGAUAGCACACCUGAGUGCCGUCUUUUACAAGGCGAGCAUCGCAGGCCUCAACAUCGUGCUGCACUUCGCAGAAGCAGAAGUGUCUGCCUCGGACGAGGAACUGCGAAUGCUCCUGUCGUGGAACCCUAGUCGUCUCGGGCACGUCAUCCACGUCAAGGACGAAUUCAAGAGAAUGAUUACGGAAAAGAAAAUCGGCCUCGAGCUGUGCCUGAGCUGCAACGUGCACGCGAAGAUGAUCACCGGCACAUUCGGGGACCACCACUUUGGUGAGUGGAAGGACUGUGGGCACAAGCGGAUCGCGCUCUGCACCGACGAUGUAGGCGUGUUUUGCAGCACCCUGUCGAACGAGUAUUACCUUGCGGCUGAGCAUUUCGGGAUGUCGAGGGAAGAGCUGAUUACGCUCGCGGAGAAUGUUGUGGAUAUGAUCUUUGCCACGGAGUCAGUCAAGGACGAAAUACGUGCCCUCUUCAAGCAAUUCAGGCUCGAUGAGGCAAGAUCGUAGACGGGGCACGAUCUUAGAGAUGAGCAAGUUUUGUAGGAAGGUGCUACGACUAAUGUUGGGGGCAUCGAGAGGCGACGGGAGAAAAACCUUUCGCAUUUGCAGAAUCAGCGUCUCUAACCUGGUCUCAAGACGCAAGAUGCUACAUGAUCUCGUUAUAAACAGCACGCUACGUGCACAUUCUAGUAUAGAUGUUUCGGCGCAUCUUCGCUCCUCCCAAAUAGCCCUAGUAACAAUGACACCGGAGAGCAAAGCUUCAUGAUGACGAUCGUCAUGCGGGGCAAAGAAAAAAAAAAUUGCCCUUUCCGCAACACAGACGUUCUCGCUCUAAGCUCUACGAAAUUGUCUUCUCCGCCCUCGGCUUCUCGUCCGUCGAGAUGCCAAAUUGCUGUCGCA